AUGAAUAAUUCAAUUAUCGUCGAUUCAAUCGUGCGCAUUUUCUAUAAAUCAUUCAAGAAUCCAAAUGUUGUUCCGUCUGAUUGCUUAUCCUCGGUUACAUCUACCGUUGUUUUAUCAGCCGAUGAAAACUCUUUCAACAGCAAUAGUUUCAAGUGUGAUGAAUUCAUAGAAAUUGAUCAAGAGACAAAAGCGAAAGUUGCUAAACCAGCAACAUAUAUUCGUCCGACUGUCAACUAUGUAGAUACAAAUCCGUUAGGAGACAAGAAUCAACCGAUUGUCUUACUCGUACACGGUUAUCCUGGUACACAUGAAUCCACAAGAAAUCUUAUAGAAGAAUUUCAACAACGAGAUUUCCGUUGUAUUGCUCCUGAUAUGCCUUAUUGUGGCAAAACUAAAAUGCCACUUUGGGGUGCGUUGUUAUGGGAAAACUCAGUCUUUCUACGAGGAAGAUUUCUCGGUGAAUUGCUGAAAAGCAUUAUGGGAAAUAAACUAUUACCGAUUCAUACUGUAGUCGGUUUGCAUGAGAAUGCUUUAGCAUUAGUCUCACUGAUAGAUCAAUAUGAAUAUUUUCGUUGUAAAUCAUUGGUAAUGAUUGAUCCGGUGCCAAGAAAACUUCUUCGAUUCUUUCCCUUGGCAAAACUUGUCUUCGAUUUCGGUCGGCUUCCACUCCACUGGCCAGUCGCUAAGUUUCUACUUCAAGCUCUUGGAUAUAAAGAUCUACUAAAAUACUCUCAACAAGAUAUCAUGGGUGCUUUGCGUAUAUGGAUGUUAGAAAACACGCACGAGUACGAUGCGUAUAUUCAUAAUCUAUGGUUAUCUCGAUUACGAACAAUGAUGGUUGUCUCUGAUGAAGAUAAAUUUUUAAAUAGGAAGUUGUUGAAUGGAUUGAUCAAAGAUUUAGCGGUCGAACCAUUAAAUAAAUCAAACAUCGCAAACACUGUGAUUAGAAAAUAUGCUUGCAAUCACGAUGAAUUACUAACUGAUCGCGUCAGUAAUGUUGCUGAUGAUAUCGAAACAUUUGUCUCUGCGGUGCUUAAAUCACCAGCUGCGACCUUAACGCAGCCGUAUACAUCGACAAUAACAAAGAAGAAAGAACAAAAAACGCCCAUCCAAACUAUUAACAACCAACAAGAUGGAUCAGAAACUGAAUUAGAUGAAAACUCAUAUAGGCGUGCGGCGGCAAAUGACUUUUUCUCUCAAGUAUUUGGUCCAAGCAAGUCCGAGUUGAAACCAAAUCAACCACACAGCAUACGUUCAGCGUUCGAGUCUGUCGCGAGCGGAUUUAUUCAAAAACCACCACCCGGCACACAACGCGAAACAUUAGAAUCAGUCAAAGAACAGAUGAGAAAGAAAAAUAUUCGCAUAGAAACGAAAAUCUUUUUCCAUUCGACUUCUCAGCAGAAUUCGCCAAGAACUAAGAAGAGUGUUAACUUGCCUCAGAAAUUAAUAAAUGAAAGGAAGGUACGUGUCAAUCGAGAUACGUACACAACACCAGAACCAUGUCAUGGAUGUCCAGGUGAAAAUGGUCAAGGUGUACAGUUAACGGCAGAAGAAUCAGUUAAUUUAGAUGCAGUGAUGAAAAAAGAGUUUUUCAAUUUACGUGCAAGUGAUAAGAUUUCACUAUGGAGAUCAAUACCAGAUACUCGAGAUUCGAUGUGUAAAUCCGUCGAAUAUCCACCAGAUUUACCAACAGCGUCAGUAGUAAUAGUGUUUAAGAAUGAGCGAUGGUCACCGGUACUUCGAACAGUUUAUUCUGUCUUGAAUCGAUCGCCGAAGCACUUGCUCAAAGAAGUCAUUCUAGUGGAUGAUCAAUCAGAUAUUGAGGAGAUGGGGCAACGCUUAGACGAUUAUUGUGAAGAACACUUUGGUGAUCUAGUGCGGGUCUUACGAGCACCAACACGGCUUGGAUUAAUCAAAGCGAAGAACUAUGGUGGAAGAAAUGCCACCGGCGAUGUGAUCGUAUUUCUCGAUGCACAUUGUGAAGCGAAUACUGGAUGGUUAGAGCCGCUUUUAUUACGAAUUAAGCAAAAACGUUCAGCUAUUCUGUGUCCUGGUAUCGAUAUGAUUAGUGAUAGUAACAUGGGUUAUGGUGGUACGGGUGACGGGAGUGUGGGCGGAUUUUGGUGGUCGUUACAUUUUAAUUGGAUUCCAGUUCCAGCACGAAUACGAAAUGCACAAAAAUCGAGGAUCGAUCCUUACCCAUCUCCAACUAUGGCUGGUGGUUUACUAGCAGCUCAUCGAGAAUAUUUCUUCGAGAUUGGUGGUUACGACGAUGAUAUGGAAGUGUGGGGUGGCGAAAACCUGGAAAUUUCCUUUCGUGUUUGGAUGUGUGGUGGCAGUUUGGAAUUUGUACCAUGUUCUCGCGUAGGUCAUAUAUUUCGUCCAGGUCAUCCGUAUAAUAUGACUGGAGCGAAAGGUAAAGGUGAUGUUCACGGUCGAAAUUCGAUGCGGCUCGCAGAAGUAUGGAUGGAUGACUAUAAACGUUUUUACUAUAUGCACAGACACGAUCUAAAGGGUAAAGAUUAUGGUGACGUAGAAGAUCGUCGAGCAAUAAGAAAACGUUUAAAUUGUAAAUCAUUCAAAUGGUACUUGGAGAAUGUCUUUCCUGAAAAGUUCAUCCUCGAUGAAAAUGUUCACGGUUUCGGAGAACUCCGAAAUCCUGCAUCGAGUUUAUGCUUAGAUACUUUAGGUAAAGACGAAAAAGGUUCGUUACAAUUAGCAAUAUUUUCUUGUCAAAAUGGUGCCUCAGCCAAUCAAUAUUUUUCUUUAACAAAAACGGAUCAAUUACGCCGUGAAGAUACAUGUGCACUGAUAUCUGGACGUGGGUCAGAUGGUGCAGGUGUGAUCCUAUCGCAAUGUGAUUAUUCUGAUCGAAAUCAGAAAUGGACACAUGAAAAGAAUGGAACAAUUGUUCAUCAUCCAAGCGAACUGUGUUUAGAUGUUGAAGGUCUUGCCAACAACGAUCAAGUGAAACUACGAAAAUGCCAACCGAAUAAACGAUCACAACAGUGGCUGUUCGAACAUUAUGCAACAACUUAA